AUGUCCCCCAAGACAGGAAAUACCCCUCGAGGGGGAAAAGGAGGCGCGGGGAGCGGCGGGCGAGGAGGGGCGAAGGCAGGGACGGCGGGAGCGCAGAAGAGCGGGAGUCCCGGCAAGAAGACGCCGAAGAGAAUGUCGAAAUUGGAGCAGGAAGAGGAGGAAGAGGCGGCGAUGGAGGAGGACAUCGAAGAGAAAUUGGAACUCGAGGGUUUUGGAAAGGGGAAGGGUUUGGCAGAAGCGGACGAGGAGGACGAUGAGGAAGACGGGGAGGAAGACGGGGAGGAGGAAGAUGAUGACGACGAGGCGGAUGAGAAGGACAAUGUUAAAGCGGCGGGCGGCGGGAAGGAGAGGGCGUUCAGCGACGAGAAUCAGUCGUGGCUGAAGGUGAAGAAGAAGAACUUGCUCGAUGAUGACGAGGAGGAUGAUGAUGACGACGAUGCUAUGCCCGAUGACUUCGAAGGUGGCGAGGACGACGACGAGGGAAUGGACGAAGAGGGAGAGGAGGACGAAGACGACGAGGAGGAAGAAGAGGAGGAGGAGACGGCGUUUGAGCGCAAGGCGCGGAAGCUGGAGGCGCGGAGAGCGCAGGAGGCGGAGGACGCGGAGGCGGAGCUGCAGCUGAACAUACAGGACGGGGAGGACGUGGGGAUGCUGCUGCCCACCGACGAGGAGAGGGAGGCAGAGGCAGCAGCGCCGCCGGACCUAUCGGUCAUUCAGAAGCGGAUCAAUGACAUCGUGCGCGUGCUGGGCAAUUUCUCCAAGCUGCGCGCGGAGACGGUGCCGCGCGCGGCGUACGUGCGGCAGCUGGCGGUGGAUCUCGCGCUUUCCUACGGCUACAACGACUUCCUCAUGGACGCGCUCAUGCAGAUGUUCCCCGUGGCGGAGGUGAUGGAGUUUCUGGAGGCGAGUGAGAAGCCGCGCCCGGUGACCAUCCGCACCAACACCAUCAAGGCUCGCCGCAGGGAGCUCGCCGCCGCGCUCAUCAACCGCGGAGUCAACCUCGACCCGCUUGGGCCCUGGAGCAAGGUUGGGCUAGUGGUGUACGAGUCGCAGGUGCCGGUGGGAGCAACGCCUGAGUACAUGGCGGGACACUACAUGCUGCAGAGCGCAGCGUCGUUCCUGCCAGUCAUGGCGCUCGCACCACAAGAGAAGGACGUGGUCGUCGACGUCGCGGCUGCUCCGGGUGGCAAGACGACGUAUGUGGCUGCGUUGAUGCGAAACACAGGCAUGGUGUUUGCGAAUGAGUUGAAGCAGCCGCGGCUCAAGUCACUGAUCGCCAACAUCCAUCGCAUGGGCGUCACCAACACCACCGUCUGCUCUUACGACGGCCGCCACCUGCCCAAGCUACUGGGGCUCAACUUUGCUGACCGGGUGUUGCUGGAUGCCCCCUGUUCCGGCACAGGGGUGCUUUCAAAGGACUCGUCAGUGAAAGUGAGCAAGACGGAAGCGGACAUUCUCAACUGCUCGCAUCUGCAAAAGGAGCUGAUUCUAGCAGCCAUUGACAUGUUGAGUUCCGACUCGAAAAAUGGGGGGGGCUACCUCGUCUACUCCACGUGCUCCCUUAUGGUUGCAGAGAACGAGGCGGUGGUGAACUACGCGUUGAAGAAGCGAGACAUCAAGGUGGUGCCCUGCGGACUCGACUUCGGCAGGCCCGGGUUCAGCAAGUUCAGGGAGCACCGGUUCCACCCGUCGCUGUCACACACACGGCGCUUCUACCCACACGUGCACAACCUGGACGGCUUCUUUGUUGCUAAGAUCAAGAAGAUCAGCAACAAGAAGAAAGAUGAGAAGGACAAGGACGAGGAUAAAGCAGACGGAGAAGAGGAGUCAGGGGAAGAGGAGGCGGGAGAAGUGGAGGAAGAGGGGGAGGAGGCCGAGGAGGCAGAAUCAGGUGAGGAUGAGGAUGGAGACAUGGAGGAUGAGGAUGAGGAAGGGGAGGAGGGGGAGGAAGGGGAAGGAGAGGAGAAAAAGGCUGGGGUGGGAAAGAAGGGGAAGAAGAAGCGGGUGAGUGGGUCCCAGGAGAGUGCCGUGUAUUUCGAUGCGGCUAAGGCAAAGGAGGCGACAGCGGAACAGAUGGAGAAGCGGCGGCAGCAGCAGAAUGAGCGCAAGGACAAGAAGGAGGAGAAGCGGCGGCGCAAGCAGCACAUGCUGAAAGCCAAGCUCAAGGCGCAGGGCGGGAUUAACAAGGGGUGGGGGGGACGAGGCGGAGGAAGAGGAGGAUUUAGGGGAGGCCGAGGUGGGAGAGGUAGAGGGCGGGGGUUUGGUGGGGACCGGGGAGGGGGGUUCGGCGGGGGCCGGGGAGGGGGGUUUGGGGGGGGCCGGGGAGGGGGUUUUGGAAGGGGGCGAGGGGGCUUCGGCGGGGGCAGAGGAGGGGACAAUUUCUAG